GGAAAGACACGGUCUGCAUAUUAACCACUCCAGGGUGGCUUGAGGCAGCAGAGGACUGCUUUCUAAAAAUACCCGGGGCUCAUCUGGGCACAGUGCAGUUUCGUUUUCACUGCCACAACCCGACUAUGCGAUAUGAUGACUGGCUCCUCGCUUGCAGACAUCCUUCUGGCUGCAGCUCAGAUCAUUUCAUGUCGGUCUGCUUCAUGCGUCUGGACCACUUCACCUUUUGAUUGUAGACUUCAGCCUUUGAUCAGUUGCUGGGCGGACAAAGAAGCAAAACGUAAAGUCCACAGAAAUCACCCGAGUUAGACCGGAAUUUGUCUUGCCUCCAAAAUAAAAGCGUAAGCAUUUGACGCCUCUUUGUUUCUCACACAACACUCACAUGCGGGGAAUCUUUACUGUAUUUUGCAUUGGUUUUGAUCUGGUAAAAAAACUGGGAUAUUGUUAUAGUCUAAGAUGUAUUUACACAGGCUUGCAGACAUUUGAACUGUCAGUUCAAUUUGGCUGCCCUUUAGGCUACAUGUUGGCUUUGAAUACCAUGUUCUCUGAGGGCAUAUGUUGAGAAAACAGUCAGUGUAAUUUAACACGUUAAAAAAACAUUUUCAAAUGCUGACAGCCUUCUUUGUUCUAAAAAAAACGUUGCAGAAAUGCGUUUAUUUUGAAAAUAUUACCGGAUAUGGUAGUUAUUUUCUACUCUGGUAGUCUUGACGUCGGUAACAAAAGCAUCUGUGCGCUCCGAGGCUCCCGCACAUGAUCCUGCACUGUUAAUAAAGCAACUGAGUAGAGAGAGGAGAGAGCACCCAGAGGAUCUACAAUUAGUAUUACUACUACUACUACUACUACUACUACUAUUAUUAUUAUUGCUAUUAAAAAAUUAAGCUUUCAUUUAAACUUGUGUCUCUCCCAGUCACAGAACUCCUCUGGGGAAAAUGGAAGAUUUGGGGAAAGUAUUUCCAUUUAAUGUCAGGUCUUCAGUCAUGUUUGACUCCUUGGUAAAGUGGAGCGGAACGUUUGGGCGCGUAAUCGGACUUGUUCGUUGUUCCCGUGAGUGAAAUGAAAAAGGUCUGCAAUGAUUUUGGCUUUGAAUUAACUAUGGGUGCGCACAUCCUGGAGUCCAACUCCAGCGGCAACUUGACUCCCGCGGUGUCCGAGGCUGGGACCGUCCUCCCCGGCUACCUGGCGGUGAUCUUAUCGGUCCUCAUGGUGACUCUGGUUGUCGUUGUGGUGGCUGGAAACGCGCUGGUCAUCAUGGCUUUUAUUGUGGAUAAAACCCUGAGAAAUCAAAGCAACUACUUCUUCCUGAACCUUGCUAUAUCUGAUUUUCUCGUGGGUGCCUUCUGCAUCCCGGUGUACAUCCCGUACAACCUGACAGGCCGGUGGAUGCUGGGUAAGGGUCUCUGCAAGGUGUGGCUUGUCAUGGACUACCUGCUCUGCACCGCCUCAGUCUUCAACAUUGUCCUCAUUAGUUAUGACCGCUUCCUGUCAGUCACAAGAGCAGUUAAAUACAGAGCACAGAGAAACAUGACCCGCCAGGCUGUGUUCAAGAUGGUGGCGGUGUGGGUGCUGGCCUUCCUCCUCUACGGCCCCGCCAUUAUCUUCUGGGAGACAGUCGUCGGCCAGAGUGUCGUCCCUGCUCACGAGUGCUAUGCCGAGUUUUAUUUCACCUGGUACUUCCUGCUCAGCGCUUCUACCUUUGAGUUCUUCACCCCGUUUGUGUCUGUGGCUUUCCUCAACCUCAGCAUUUACCUGAACAUCCAUCGCAGGAACAAGAGCGGAAGCGCCUGUGCCGAGGACGACGCCAAGACGCAGAGGAUCAGUAAGAAGCACAGAGACGGAGGAGGCUGGUCUGUGUUUUUUGUGAAGACUCGGAAGGUGUCGUCCAGUGAGCCUACCGCUAUCUCUGCAGUUAUCGAGGACGACGAUGUCCUGUCCCCUUCUUCCAGCGGGGAACCUAAUACCAGUCAGAUAUUCAUGCAGAGGGAGAAGUUCUCUCCUAACAGAAGAAACUCCAGGCUGUUUCAGCACACGGCCUCCUGCAUGGCGCCUGGCCGCAGAACACAGGGAUCGCGUCUUUCACGAGACAAAAAGAUAGCAAAAUCUUUGGCCAUUAUUGUGUGCAUUUUUGGGAUUUGCUGGGCUCCUUACACUCUACUUAUGAUUAUUCGUGCCGCCUGUAGUGGUGCUUGUGUGGCGGACUACUGGUACGAGAUUACAUUCUGGCUUCUGUGGCUGAACUCUGCCAUCAACCCGUUCUUGUACCCUCUGUGCCACAGCAGCUUUCGAAGGGCUUUCUCAAAGAUACUGUGUCCCAAAAGACAUUCAGUCCAGCCUCAGAUUGAGGCUCAGUCUUGUUAGAUGAACUCAAUUGCACUUUCAUGUUUUAUGAAUGCAGUAACUAUUGUUGGUCAAACACUGUAAAAAACUAAAAUCCAUAUACUGUUCUUCCAUCACAGAAAUUCAGUUUUCAAAAAUAAGCAUUAAAGUGAGUUGCGCGAGGAUUGUCACAGCAUAUCUGACAGCAAUACAACAAUUCACCAUACAGUGAUCAUGAAUAAAACUUGCAGUUAUAAUAUCUUUAAUGACAGGGUAAAGCAUGGGGACUUGUAUGGCACCUUUAAAAGACAUAAUUGCCCUUGAUUAAAGCGCUCCAAAGAGCCGAUGUCAGAUUUUUUAAACGGUGUACAUCUUCAUUUCAGAAUGUAUGCUAACCUUCAUAGACAAUCUCGGUAAGUAGGACAGGAAGGAGUGACGUGGUUUAGGCUUUCUCGCCACUCAGUUCUUUAUGCACUGAAGGCUCCGAAAUGAUUACUUAUGCAUUCAGAUAGAAUUUGAUGACCAUAAUUUAGUCUAAGAUAUUAUAUGAGAACUACAGCCCACCACGUUGUUAAAUUAUGGUCUGUCUGGAUGAAAGCCAGAGGAUGGAGGAAACGGCUUUAAAGAACAUCCAGUUUUGUCACAGGGCUGCUGUGACAAGAAAACCUUUCAACUCCUAUUUAGAUCAAAUUGACGUGAGGGAAGGAUUUUAUGGUCUUUUAUGGUUUCAUAAAGUUUCAUAAUCUCUCUGCACACAAAACCUUUUCACUCUGGAGUUUUAAACACACCGCUGUUAAUUUGAAACAGAAGUCCAUUUGUUUUCAUAAAGAUACUUUACAAAGCUUUUCAUUGUGCAGUAAUAGGAUGAUAAAUGUGGAGUCCUCAAAGUUCAAAUCACCUGAAAAACGAAGAAGAAUGACCUGUAUUUGUUUAUGGACUACUGAGUGAACCUUUAUUCCAGUGAUGUUUUAUUUCAUUUUAUCUGAAAAGUGGGCUAUGGGCAGGGAGAAUCAGCACUCAAUCAGCACUUCAGUUGAAAAAGGUGUUCUUGUUGAUGUUACAAAUGUACAGCACUAUAAAAUGAGAGCAGCAUUAAAACUUUUGUACAAUAAUAUCUAUGCCAAGCUAGAUGGUUGUGUUCUUUAAGUGCAGUAUUUAUUUAAAGACUUGACUUGACCCAACUACUUGACUACUUUGUAUCUUGGCUAUGAGUGUGUGUCGGUGUCAGUAGCCAAAGAAAGAAUAAAAGGAAAACUGCCUA